AUGCUCCCCCGGACAACCUCUCGCGCUACCUCCUCUCUUCUCCGCACCCCAGCGGCCACUAUCGCUCUCACUCCGCUCUCCGCUAUCGUGGCCUCCGUCACUCCCCGCACCCAAUUGCGUUCUUCAAACUUUAGACAACUACGACACGAAAGCUCAGCGAGAGCCUUCUACCGCCAACUACACACCACGCCUUCACUCCGCAAAGGCAUCACCCCCCACUCUUCCAACCCCACUCCUCCCAAUCCCGAGUCGUCAAAUUCAAAUAUCGCUGGUGGAGCGAACCAUGUCACACAGCCAACACCGUUGACAGAGGAGCAGUACCGUGAAUAUGUGGAGGAUUAUUUUAACGUGCUCCUGACGAAGGUGGAGCAAAUGCAGGAAAACGGGUCCGAUGUUGAGGCAGAGUAUAGCGCCGGCGUACUUAACAUCACAGUCCCAGACGCUGGCGUCUACGUGCUUAACAAGCAGCCUCCCAACAAGCAAAUAUGGCUCAGCUCGCCCGUCUCAGGGCCCAAACGCUACGAUUGGGUUGACCAGGGAGACCACAUGGAUGAGAAGGAAGGCACACGCGAAUUCAUCAAGGGCCAGUGGAUAUAUCUGCGCGACGGCUCGAAUUUGACCACUCUGCUGAACAAGGAGCUUGGUCUAAGCAUGGAGUAUGAUAUCUAUGGGGAGAAGGAGGUUUAGGGCUUUGCGAUUUGUGGAACUGGUUGCCUGACUUCAGCUGAUGUUAUGUGGUUGCUGUACUUGUGUUAUGAUAUGAGGCACGAGGGAGGAAUAGGCUCCUGGCAAUGGAGAUGGAGAUGGAGUUAGCCAUCCAUAUCGUUGAAUUUACGCAUGCUGUGGAACCGUGUCCCUGGAAGCGGAUUGAUUUUGUAUUAUUUACAUACUGUAUAGAGCGAGCUAUUUCUGUAUAGGGUGAAUCGAGCGAGAAUCAACAUU